CACGGCCUCGCCUUCAGCGCCAACUUCAGCACGAUCCCCAGCGUGGAGCAGCAGCUGGAGGCUCUGGGUGAUGUGUCUGCCUCCAACAUAACGGCCGAUUUAGAGAAGGUUAACAGCACGCUGGAUACGACCCCUGACAAGGUGCAGGAGCAGUCCCAGGAUGUGGUGACAAAGACCCAGGACCAGCUGGGCCUCAUCAGGCAGGAGAUCAGGAGCUUGCAGGAGCAGUUGCCACUCCUGGAUGUGGAGGAGAAUGUUGAGGCCUUUGUGGGCAAUGCCACGCUGGGGCUGGAGGAGUACAGGAAGCCGAUCAUUGCCUUGGAUGGGCUCAGGUGGAGUGUGUGCACCGUCCUGUGCUGCAUGGUGCUGCUGGUGGUACUCUGCAACCUCCUGGGGCUGCUGCUGGGGCCCCUGGGGCUGAAGGACAGCGUGCUGCCCACGAAGCGCAGCAGCCUCUCCAACGCCGGCGGGAACUUCCUCAUGGCAGGGGUCGGCUUCAGCUUCAUCUUCUCCUGGCUGCUGAUGCUGUCAGUGCUGAUCACCUUCGUGCUGGGGGGAAACACCUACGUGAUCAUCUGCGAGUCCUGGCGCAGCCAGCACCUCUUCCAGCUCCUGGACACCCCUGGCCUGAUUCCUGGUUUCAACCUGUCAGAGAUACUGGGCCAGGGAAGUGGGACAGCGAACUUCUCAGAGAUGUACAGGCAGUGCCAGCGAGACACUGCCCUGUGGCAAGUGCUGCACCUAGACCAGCGCGUGUCCCUGGAUGAGCUCUUGAACAUCAGCAAGUACAUGGAAGAUAUCUCCGCGGGCUUCAAGAAGGUGAACAUCACCCUGAACCCCAUCUCCCUGCUCAGCCAGAGCCAGAGAGACUUGCUACUGAAAGCCAGCCAGGCUGGGCAGCCCCCCAACUUCACCCUCACCCUGGAGCAGCUGGACUGGAACAUAACCCAGGGAAGCCUCCUGGAUCUGGCUGCAGAGUUGGAGCGGCUGGCAGACAAAGCGGGCAUGGAUGUGAAAGAGGACCUGAAGGCUGAUGCUCACAGGCUGAGGGAGCUGGACAAGAAGAUGCAGACAAGCUUCUCUGGGCCGCUGCGAAGCCUGAAGGAGAACAUCCACUUAGUGCAGAGUGGGGCUGCCCAGCUCGAGGUACAGACAGAAGCUGCACUGGACCAGGCCAGUGAAACCCAGGAGUUCCUGGAGAGAGAGACAGCAAACAUCAUCAAGAACGAGACAUGGGCCUUCUUGGAGAUGCUGCUGGACUUUUUCGAGACCUACAUCUCCUGGGCCAAAAGUGGGUUGACGAGAGAUGUGGCACGUUGUAAGCCCAUAGCUCAGGCCAUAGAUAACGUGGAGGCCAUCACCUGUGACUACAUCCUGGACUCUCUGAAUGCCUUCUGGUUCAGCCUGGGCUGGUGCACCACCUUCCUGCUGCCCAGCAUCAUCCUGGCAGUCCGACUUGCCAAGUUUUACCGCCGCAUGGACAUUGCUGAUGUCUACAGGAAUGAAGUUGUGGAGAUGCCACCUGCAUUCAACUUGUACAAACUCCCCCGGCCGUCCACGAGGCAUUAG